AUGAAUAAAGACAAACAGCACAAUAAUAUAGAGAGAGUUCAAAUUCUGUCACAAUUCAACCAAAUCAUUUUUCUUACAAGAUCGGCCACCGUUGAUGCUGACGAGCCUGUCCACGGCACGUCAAUCGAUAUAUUUCUCGUCUCGAUCUCCUCUCGAUUUUUCUCCGUCUCGUCUGUUGUUACGAUCGGAGUCGAAAAAGAUUCUUCGAGGCCCGUUUUGCCCUCAAGAAUGCUUACAACCGACGACAUGUUGGGCCUUUCUGCAGCCACGGCAUGCGUGCAGAGGAGGGCCAAGUGGAUAACCGUCAUUGCCUCUUGUUCGUUGAAGUUCGAUUCUAAUCUCGAGUCGACUAGCUGGAUUAAUCCCGGCAAUUCGUGUGCUUAUAUGGGUAUUAUCCUCCUCGUCGAGCUUGGCAAGACCGAAAUCAGAUAUCUUGGGCACAAGAUUUUUAUCGAGAAGCACGUUCGUGGCUUUGAUGUCACGGUGCACGAUUUUCAGUCGAGACUCUUCAUGCAGAUAAGCUAA